AUGACAGCCGCUGAUCUGGUUUCCAGUACCCUGUUCCGACAAACUGUCCUCAGUGGGUUUGUAGAUUACUUUGGUCAAGUAAGUGGAGAAUCAGAAGAUGCAUUGUUGCGUAACCUCGAAUACAUGUUAAGGCUAGGCAGUUUAAUAUCCUGAGACGAGACAGAGUGGACGAGUCCCCUCCUUUCAUUUCUUAAAGGAGAGAGACACUAUAUCUAUAAGGGGGAAGGGAAAAAAGGGGACUCAUUCAACGCCAACUAGGCAUAGUCAAAAUAGUGAAAAACUGCUUCCACCUCUAACUAUGGAUCUAGACGUUGUUUCCGACGUCGACCCGAAUAUCGCAGUUGCCGGGGCGGCAGGACUUGCAGCGGCAGACUUGACAUCGAACACGACAGUGGGACCUACAGGUUCAGCAGCUAUGGGAGUGAAAGCAAACAAUGAGAAAAAAAAAGAUGCAAGAUGAUGUCAUGCUCAUGGAUCGGUUUCGGUUCCAGCUUCUACUAAUAAUUAGCAAUCGACGAGAAACAGGAAGUUUAGUGAACGGUUCCGGUUUUUGGUAACCUGAAUUCGAUCACAAGGAUUCUCUUCUUGUUUUCCCUUAUGAUCAAAAUCAGGCUACCGAAUACCAGAACAAUGCAUUUAUGUUGUAGACGAAAACAAGUAUGCACACAUCAUAUGGAUACAAUUCUCUUGUCCGGAGGGCUUCACGACCCUCUAAAGAUGUUCCUUCAGGAGCAAUAGGGAACGCCACUGGCAUGCUAGCGAGUACUACGGGUUUGCCUUUUUUGCUGGAGCGCAAAGGGACGCAGACGUCAACGAAUACUCAGAGCAGCGUGGACAACUUGCUUCGAGGGCUAGUCAACCUCCUCAACGAAAAAAAUGGGAAGCAAGAUGCGAAGUUAAGGUUGAGGAUCCUUUUAACAGUUAGCCACUCCUUCUCGGAAUUUAUCUUAUUCUAGAAGCACUUGUGGAAUUGUAUCGUCCCGCUGGUAAUAUUCGAGGAAGUACUACUAGUACUGGGCGGGACGUCAAUCAAUCAAUCAAUCAAAACCUCCUCUAACCUCUCCAGAGGACGCCCAAAGACAGAUUGAGAGUCUGAAGACCGCUUUACAGCAUCAUGGGAGCUUUACUUCAGAAGCGGCUUCGUCGCCAGUGCAGGUCUUGCGAACCCUUCUGCAGGAGGUGCGUCACGAUGAAGACAAUGAGAAGAAAACUGAACAAGAGGAGAGGAAUGAUCAUGACGAUGGGGAAGGAGUACUAGAGCUAGAGGAGGAGCUACGUAGGGGUAGAACAACUACAUUUAAGGCUCAGCUUUCAAUGGUCACCAGUGAGAUUGGGGUCACUGAGAUCGAAGAAGCGACCGCUUGCUUAGGGAACAGGGGAAAAGGAAGGGAAAGGGGAGAGCUUUGGAGGGCUCAGCAUCAGUCGUUCAGCAUCAGUGACCAUUGAGUGCUGAGCUCUAAUACAUCCUCCUCAACAAGUAAAAAUAUCCCACACAUCCACAUCCAUCGCAUCAGGGACCCUCACGCAACGGGGAAAGAAGGGGAGCAUGCACUGUUUUCUACAACCGUUGAAGAGAUUACAUACGCCAGUCCCUCUGAAGCCAGUCCUUCUGAAGAGGGACGAGAGGGAGAGGAGUCUACUUCGUUCUUGCAGCUCGUCCAGUCACAGUCGCAAUCCUCUACCGUGUCCGAGCAGAACAAGUCUAGAAGUGCUUCAAUUUCGUCAGAGGAGCAGCUCGACCCAAGUGGCGAACGCCUUAGGAGACGGACGCUGAGUCGGGCGAUGAGGAAAGCGAAUAAGCAUUUUGUUGCCAAUUAUUUGUUGCCAGCAGGCAAUAAGAAUAAAGGCACGACUAGCAGAACAAGUAGAAGACAUCUUCACAAUUUCCAAGAAACAUCCAGAGGUGGUAGCCGACGUGGAGGAAGAGGUCGUGGUGGACAGCAUCGUCGAGGAUUAAGUGGUACUAGUACUAUUAAGGGUUGUAAGUUGGCCGAUCUAUGAGCAUAUGAUCCAAGUAGAUCUAUUGCUUUUGCUUCUUCAUCAAGUUUUUAGGAGGAAAGUCAUUUAGAUAUGCGGGCUAGAUCGGUCAAACAACUUGCAGCCGCUAAUCGUAGAUCUUCAAAGAACCAGCACAGCCACAGUGCUACUAGAAGGAAAAAGGCUAGAACUAUGUCGCGAAUAUGGACGAAUCCGGAACUAUCACUGUCCACUGGUAGAAGAAAGAGCAGCUCCUCUGUAGAAGAUACGAAUCUACUCAACAACGCGGCAUCUCGAACAUCUAGUGGCCUCUAUAGUUAAGGUCAACAUUUAGUGUCCAUCUUUCUCGGCAUCUCGGUACCCUUUUCCCUUGUAUUCUCAUGAAAUACAAGGUAAAAGGGACCCCAAGAAAAGGGGGGCCGAGGUGCAAUCUAGCAGACUCUAAUAUAGAAAAGCAUCAUCAUCGUCAAGUCUCGCGUCCAAGAUGGCUGCAAAUGAGGCUAGCCUUGCAGCUAGCGCCGACGCUAAGUCGAUGAUAAACAUGCUGUUGUCAUCAGGGAAAACGGAGCAGGGCAAUCAUGGAAGGUAAGGCCUUUGCACUAUGUAUUUCUAUUUGUUUCAUCUCCUGAUACUUUCCUGAUAUUAUGAGGACGCAAUGAUCCCGGCUCAAGCUUUCACUUAAUUAUGACAGAGCAAAGCUUGAGGAAUACCUAUGCAUUCACACUUGAAGCACAGAAAUGAAGAAUCCGGAUCAACAUUACCUUCUAGCUCUAAAAAGCGAGAACAAACGCUGCAAGCGCUCUUGGUGUAGGAUCAGGCUCGGUGCUACGGCAGACGCCACCAGCUGGCCGCUUUCAGAUGAUCAAGGUGUCUGUGUCCUUCGGAAUUCCACAGAGUAAAGCCGCACAAGUAGACGCGUCUAUCCCAAAGGAUGGAUCCGCUCCGCCAGCACUCUUAUGGGCUGUUGACGAUAACUUUAGAACGUAGUAAUAGAUUCUUUAGAUCACAACUUUAGAACUGUCAAUGUUGUUGUAAUAGAUUCUUAGUCUAUAGUUGUUGUAGUGCGAGCACAAGUAUUCCUAUCCUCGAAAUUGAAAGGUUAGUUAAGGGUAGGUUAAAGGUGCUUUUGUUACCGUUUGUUAUGGCUCUCCCAAGGGGGACAGCCAUAACAAGCGGGAUAAACGAACACCAAAAACCUACCUCGAAGUUCGGGUGGUAUCAAUUUGCCUGCUUCUGCUGACACAAGUACUUUGACUUCUUGAAGAAUAUAGUGCUGUUGAACACUUCAGACAGAAGAUGCAGGAUGGUGUACAUUGUGCUAGAUUUUCUGAAGAAUAAAGUGCUAAGUGUUCAGGAGAACUGAAAAAAAUUUCAAAAAAAAAAAAACCGCUAAUCAGAAUGGCUGCGCUGUCAAACAAGCUCGCGCAAGCAGCCCAGAUCGCUCUCACUGGAGUGGUAAUGACACCACCCUCGUCGCCCGGCAGUGCGACGGGAGCAACCGGGAGUGAAAAUUAAGACUACAAUUUGUUGAUUGUAGAUGCAUCUUCUUCUUCACUCGAGAAUCUAAAUGUAGUUUCGGGAAGAAACCAAGAUGCAUCAAGAUGCUCGCGCAGCUGUAUUUAUGUUAGUUGUUCUAAGAGAAGGAUGUCAUCAAGCUGCUGAGGGAGAUGCUAGAUAAGACGCUUGCAGGUUUGGUUGCGGCCACAAAUCGUCCGCAAAUAAUUGCCGGAGGGUUAUGGCUUUCUUGGGUAGAGAAACUUGAAGGCUAUUAUAAGUUAGACUUGUUUUUACAGAAGUAUCCUGCUUACAACUGCUUAAGCUUAUCCGUCAUAGUUGAUAUUGCUAUUGAUCUCUACCACUCGUCUAAUCCUCGGAGGCGGUGGCUCGGACCUGAUCACGAAGUAUUUUGACCCGGUCAUCAUGGCUAUGCUGCUGAAAACGAUUAUGAGGGCAGCGAACGGCCGAUCGGCACCGAGUCCAGCUAUCAACAUCACGAUUGGCCAGGACAUGUUGGGUGUUAUGACUGGUGGGAUGACGGAUGAGUUUGAUCUUGAUCAGCUGGAAGAUUCUUGAAGUACGUAGAAAUAUACAACUGUGCUCGCCAUGACGACUACCUCUCGAUCUACUUAAUAAAGUACUACGGGUCCUCUACUCAGGUUGUAAGCUACAUGACUGCUCUGGUCGUGUUAAAGCACUUCUAGUAGUACACCAAAUGAGUUAGUAGAGGUGGACGCGGGCAGCAGGAGCUAGUACAAAGUGAAUGAUGGUCCUAAGGCUAGCCUUAGGACCACCAUUCACUUAGUACCAAUGGAAGAGAUCAAUACCGGCUUCUCACUCUAAGAUUCGCUUUACCGGAACUUCCGGAGGCCCGCAGCUUCCAGUGUCAGUAAACGGAGCAUCUCCUAUUGGUGUAGGAGGGUCAUCGGGUGGGCCAAAUGUGGUGUACAACGUGGGAUACAAUACGAACUAUGAUGGCGUCUCACUGACACGACCGGAAGAGGGGAGCGAUGGUAGCGUGAACUCUAAUGUUGACACGACGAGCGUUCCUGCAGCGUCUGCAUCUGCAGCGUCAGCAGUAGGUCCGGCACCUGCACCGGCAGCAGGUGGAAGAGGCGCGCCACCGGCACCUUCACCAGCAAGAGGCGCACCGGCCGCAGCAAGAGGAGGACGGGCGAAUGCUUCGCCGUUUCUCAUAGAGCGGAGCGGUGGAUAUGCGCAACAAGCCUACGGUAUGCCGGAAUGGGUAUCGACGUUGUUGCAAGAUAUCAAGGAUCUAAAGGAGGAUGAGCGAGAUGAGGAGUCUUCAUAAUGCACUCCUAUAUACAGAUAUUAAUAUUUUUUACUUUUAGGGUUGGUAGAAAAAUAUAACGAUAAGAAGAACAAAGUAUAAGUAGAUUUUUGUACCCCUGGUCGUGAUUGGCACAGAAGUCACAAGUAGUUAUUUUGCCAAGUGAGUCCAACGAGUGAUGAGUUUGCUAAACUAGAAUCAAAAAUAGCAGCUAAUGAUAAUGUUACUGAUACUGUUACUGAAUCAACAAAAGUUCAAUGACUGUCGUUACGGUUACUAGCAAGCAGAAAUUACUAUUACGAUUCUCUAAGCCUGUAGAAGACUUGUUAGACUCCUAGUUGUAGUUCAGCAAAAGCAACGAUACUCUUUCUAGUUCACAACAAAGCAAGAGAAUGAACAUCCAUACAAGAGAUGACAUUUUCUAUGAGUGCUAUCCCUAUCUUCAGUCAACAACAACAAGGGCUUCAUAAUCAUAAUGUCCACCCCAAUUCGUUUUCCCAAGGAACCAUGAGAUCUACACUUUGUAGUAAGCUGUAUGUCGCGCAUUGAAUGCGCCGCAUUCUUUCAUCUUGAUCUUCAUAACUAAAAUGUAUUUGUAUUUUCUUUCACUUUCUCACGAUGUUGUUUCUUGUACUUCAUUUUCACUAUCCACCACUUGUUCCAUAGUAGUCGUACUCGGUUUCUUACACAAAAUUUUUGUUGUUGUUCAUUGAAGCUUCCUAUUUUCUGUUUCAGAUUAAAAAUUCAUCCUUAUUUAUUACGAAUUAUAGGCAUUUAACUUAAGUUUUCGUUUCGUGGAGCUCUGAGUCAUCUUUUUGAGAAAUUGGAUUUUUGUCACUGCAGUACCUCCAUUAACUUUACACCACAGUAAAAAAAUGCACCAUAAGUAUGCACAGUUAGUACCACGUGAUUGGUAUGAUGUAAAGAUAUAUGUCAUUUGUCAUUUUGACAAAUAGGAUUCUCAGGAGCGAUAUCCUCAUCCAUACGGCGGCGGUGCCACACAUCCAUACUAACCAGAUGCCCCAUUGAAGAUGGCAACUUUUAUGCGAGUGACUCAGACUCCGAGAGA